GUCCGAGACCUCUGCUUGCCCCCGUGAUGAGCACCGAGUGACACUUGGAAAACUUGAUCUUCAUCUUCAAGACCUAAGGGAGCACUCCAAUCGCGCUCUUUUAAAGUGCUUUACAACUUCAAGUCCAUCCGGAGGCGGGUGCCAUCUAGAGUAGGAGAAUGAAUGAGUCGGAGGACCAAGAGUACAGCUACAGAAGAGACUCAUCUGAAGGGUCUGUUGUUCCCUUGCACGACACCCAUGGAAGUCCAAGAAUGGCAAACCUCAUCAGUCAUGGGAUGCAUUCAGAACCUGGAUACUCCAGGAUGGAAGAACCCCUGCGGGAGGGCGACUACACCACAUACAGGAUUCUGCAUCCGCUAACAUGUGAUCCUUUGCCUCCAGUAGCACACUUUAGCUCAGCAUCCUAUCCUGAAUACUUACUAGCUCAGUCUAGCCAUUAUCAGCAUGUAAUAGGCCAACCGUACAGCGCCUGGCCAUCCCAGGAGGCUUUUCAUUAUGGCAUGUCAUCAGGAGAUUUCUGUCGAGCUGCUACCAGUAUGAGCUCUGAAGGUGCAGAUGUUUACAGUCUGGAGGGUUAUUCUACACAUCAAGGAUUCAGACAUCAUGAUGGAGAUCUGCCUCAUGCUCUUCUUGUCUCAUCUCAUGACCAGAAACUUCCAGCUGAGACAACAAGUAUUUGUCAGAUGUUACAGCCAGUGCAGGUUGUGUGUGAUGUGACCGGUGGAGGGCAGGUCAUUGUGCUAAACCAAAGCAGUCCCGAUCAGAUUCCUCACUCUCUGAUGACGGUUGUCAACACAGAGUCUCUGCCAAAGCAGUCUGACCAGAGCUGCUCUACUGAGGACCACUCACCCACUGGAGAAGCAUCGGAUGCCAGACAUUCAGGGAAAAUCGUGUCCACUGAGCUGCCUCAGAUCCACAAGACAUCUGCAGGUGUCACAUUCAACCUCACCCCAGGACCUUAUGCUUCACAGCUUCACCAGGAGCUUUGCCCUACUCAGGUUGUAAAACAGGAUGAGGAGGAGGGACAGACCAAAGGACGUAGACGUGUGAAGUGGGAGAAAUCAAAGCGACCCUGCAACUGCACAAAAUCUCAGUGUCUGAAACUUUAUUGUGAAUGUUUUGCGAACGGAGAUGUCUGCAACAACUGCAAAUGCUUAAACUGCUUCAAUAAUACUGAACAUGACUUGGAGAGAUCCGAGGCUAUAAAGACCUGUCUGGACAGGAAUCCAGGGGCCUUUCGGCCUAAGAUUGGCAGUAGGAAACAGGGGAAUGUGAGGGGAUGUCACACCAAAGGCUGCAACUGCAAGCGCUCAGGAUGUCUGAAGAACUACUGCGAGUGUUAUGAGGCCAAAAUCAUGUGCACUUCAACCUGUAAGUGUGUGGGCUGUCGAAACUAUGAGGAAAGCCCUACGAAGAAGAGCUCUGAGCAGGACAGGCCUGACCCCAGCAUCUACUACCCAACCAGGAGUCCUCUGGCGUGCAUCACGCCCGAUGUAGUGGAAGCCACAUGCGGCUGUCUCCUCGCCCAGGCUGAAGAGGCCGAGAAGGAAGGGUACACUUCGGCUCACGCUGAGAGAAUGAUUUUGGAGGAGUUCGGCCAGUGCCUGACGCAGAUCGUCCGAUCGAUGUUCAAAUCCACCAGCGUGCAAUUCAAUGAGUAGCUGGGGAACAAAUGCUCAGUGUUGUGAUUGAUCCAGAUGUGCCUUAAAUUGGUUACCAACAAGUGUUUUUGUUUUCAUUUACUUCAAAUGUGAUGAAAAGAGAUGCGCUAAAAAUUCUAAUCCUCACGACUUUAAUAGCACAUUUUAUUUAUAGUUUAUAUCGUUUUAGAUAUUUAGUUAUUUAAUUAUAACUCAAUUUUUUUUACUGUUAUUUAUUAUAUAUAUUUCCUUUAAUUUCCACCUCUUCACUUCUUUGUGAUUUUAACUGAGCGUUUUAUUUAAAUUUAGGUAUAUUAUCCAAACACUAUUUUUUCUUAUUUCAAUUAUUCCAGCUAUUUUUUUAUUUAUAGUUUGUUGACAAUUUUAUAUCCUCUCUAGUUAAAAAAAGCUAAAUCUUUGACAAAACCUUGAUUUGAAACUAUUUGAAGAGGAGCAGUGUUUACUUGUUUUUCCUACAUUCCCUGUUGUUUGUUCUGGAAUGUUUUGUUUUGUUCGGGAACUCGAUCUCGGUUCUGUCAUGUUCUCAGUGCAGUUAUUUUCCUGCAUUACAAGUCGAUUACAGCUGCUUUUUUUCUGUUAUGGAGCCGUCACUGUGUUUAUGCUUCAGUGACCUUUUUUCUGUCAGUAUUAUAUUUAUUUAUUUAUUUAUUUAUUUAAAUAUAAAAAUGGUAUGUUAUUUAAAAAUGAUUACAAUUUAAUUUUUAUAAUAUAUAUUUUUACAUUCAUUUCUUUUAUUUAUUCAU